AUGAUCGUCUCCCACCUUUUUGCGCUUGUCACUGUAUGGCAAGUCGUGCGAGCCGACUCAGAUUCUUGUUCAAACAGUCUGAUUAUUUCCACGCAAAGCGAUGUCAAUAAUUUGACUAGUUGUGAGAAUUUCGAAGGAAGCAUCACGAUAGAUUCCUCCUUCAAUGGCGCAAUCACUCUCAGCGGCGUGGAGCAGAUCAAAGGCUCUUUCAUUGCAGAGGGCGUGUCAGGUCUCUCAGCCAUUGUCGCGCCCGAUCUAGACAAGGUGCAGGGAUCUAUCACGAUAAGCAACCUUGACACCUUGUCCACGAUCACCAUGGGAGCAUUAUCCCAAGUAUCUUCUGGCAUGACGAUCACACGGAACCCGCAGCUUCGAACGCUCGGGUUCCAGCAAUUGGAAGAAGUAGACGGGCAAUUAACCUUGACAGGCUCUUUCACUACGUAUGAUUCUGGAAACAUGCUGCAUUAUGAUAAUGAAGCUAAUGGAUAUCGCAGUGUGCUUUUACCUGCUCUCGACCAAGUACAAGGACAAACAAUCAUCAAAACUAGCGGCUCAACAGGAUGCAGCGCAUUGAACUCCCUCAAAUCCAAAGGUGUUUUCCGAGGAAGCUACUCCUGCUCCGAAGGCUCCAGUGGUCUGAGUUCAGGCGCCAAAGCUGGAAUUGCAAUCGGUGUGAUCCUCGCCGUUCUCCUCAUUCUAGUUGCUCUAUGGUUCAUACUUCGACGACGCCGACGAAACCAGAGAGCUCUAGGAAGACAACCAACGGACUUUUCUAGAUCCAUCCCAUCGCCUGUUCUGACGCAAACUGAAAAGACCGUGAAUUCUACGGAAACACCGUCUCCAAUCGAGGAGUCACAGCUACAGAUGCCUCGAAAGCCAGUCGGAUCCGCAAUCUUCCUGGACAGUCGCUCGAUCCAUGAGGCUCCAAUUGGACAUACACCCGUGCGAGAAUAUUAUGAGUUGGACGCUGGCCCCGUAUCAGGCUCACACCAGCGACCAAUCAAUGCCGAAAAUUGA